UUGUGCUAUGCAGCAUACUUAUAUGAACCUUUCCCGAAUUUUUGUGCGAAACUUGCCUCGUUAACGGCGGUAAUUGCUUAUGUAUGUUGCAGUGUUGCAUCGAACAUCAACUGGUUCUUCGGUCCCGCAAGGAAAGACCCUCCAUAUUUCAUUCAAAUCGAUGGAACGGCUAAAAAUACGACUAAGAUGAAGUAUUUGAGAGAUAACGGCUUCGGUUUCAUUGACGAAAAGACAAAGGAGUGCAGCCAUGCUGCCGUUCGUGAUGGAAUGUUUGUAUUAUUAAACGGUUUAUCAUUGAUACCGACAGAUCUGACUGAAGCUCAUCCUGAACCAGCUUUCUGGACGGAGCGACACCAUCUGCAAGCCAAGUUGCCCGGGGAGAUGGGGACCCGACAAAAAGACCGAGGAAGAAACUGGCGGGGUGUGUCUCAACUUGAGCAAGCCGUAGGAAUUGGACCCCCGUUGUGUGGACUAGGCGUACGGACCUUAGAGUCAGGAUCUGCCGAUGCCCUGAAAGCGAAGUCGCACCUGGAGGGACUCGUUGGAGCCGGCAGGGAGAAGGUAGAGGGACUCCGUCUACGUUAA